UUGAGUUUUUUUUCCAUAUUUUUGUUUUUUAAUGGAUUUUAAUUUCUAGUUGCUUUUUUGCUACAAUAUGUGUUUUUUUAAAUAGGUUUUUGCAUAUUGAUGGAUUUAGAUGGUGUUCAACCUAAUUAUCCUUCUUCUUGUGUUUCUCAUUCAGGUAAUUUUAUUGUUUUUAAUGUUUUAAUUUCAAUUUACUUACAUGUUCUAAAGUUUCUUUACUAUGUUCUAAAGUUUAUCGGUAAUGUUCUAAAGUUUUCUCUAUAUGUUCCCAUCCGAAUGAUAAGUGCAAAUGCCAUGUUCCGUUGCCUAUUGAACUCCUUUUAGAAUGCAGAAUACAUCGGAGUAUGAAAGAGUGGUUGAUGAAGGAUUAUAAAAAGUAGUACGUGUGGGUAAACAAUAUUGAUCAUUAUUGAGGAAGUUAAUUAAUUUGAUAAAUAAAAAAUAUCUAAUCCAUUUUAAAUAAUUUGUAAUGAUUCAAAGUAAACUGUGGGUAAACAAUAUCGAUCAUUAUUGGAUAAUGCCACAACAACCUCAAGGCUCGUCUUGGAGCUGGGCAUUGGGGGCUUGGGAGUUGGGAAUGCUACUUUAUCCUAGCAAUCUGACAUAGGGAUAGUUGAUGCAUGUCACUGCCACUGGAAUCACCAAACCAUGGCCCCACCAAUCUGACAUAGGGAGUAGGGAAUCCUACUUUAUCUUUAUAUUCUAAAACUUUCAUUCUAUGUUCUAAAGUUUACCUUCUAGUUUUAAAUUUUACUUUUUAUGUUCUAAUGUUUACUUUCAUUGUAUGUUCUAAAGUUAACCUUUUAGUUUAAUUUUUUUACUUUAUUCUAAAUUUUAUUAUGUAUGUUAUAAAGUAAUUCACUAUGUUCUAAAGCAAUAUGUUAUAAGUAUGUCCCUAAUUUACUAUGUUCUAAAGGUUAUCCUUGAUGUUCUAAAGUUUUCUCUGUAUGUUCUAAAGUUUUCUAUGUAUCUUUCUCUUUAUAUUAUAAAGUUUUUUAUUAUGUGCUAAUGUUUUCUUCAUAUUCUAUGACUUUCAUUGUAUGUUCUAAUGUUUACUUUCAUGUUCUAAUGCAGUUGGUGAUAUUUAUCGUACUCCAGAGGUUGUUGGAUCAUUUAGCCCUGGUGGUACCACUAAGGAAUGGAUUCCAAAUGUUCCCAAGGAGUUAAAACCCAGUUUGGGUAUGAUAUUUAAAGAUCCUGAAGAGGGUCUUAGUUUUUAUAAAGCAUAUGCAAAUGCCGCUGGGUUUACUUCUAGGAAAUCUACUACUAAAAGGAAGAAGAAUAACAAAGAUAUAAUUGCUUUUCAAUAUGGAGUUUGCAAUAAGGAAGGUUUUAGGGCAAUAAGAAAACCUAUUGCUCAACAAACAGUUUAUGAAGAAGGAAAAGUUCAUAUUACUAGGAAACGUUUAGUCACUCGUGUAGGAUGCAAUGCUCACAUAUGUAUGAGAUAUGAUGCUGGAAAGUAUGUUGUAACUCAUUUCAAAGAAGAACAUAAUCAUCCUUUAUAUACUCCAAGUUGUGCAAAAUUUCAGAAGGAUAAUAGAAAAAUGCAUAUUAUGCAUAAAAAGUUGAUUGUUGAUAAUUCAAAGGUAAAUGUUGGUCCUGUGAGGUCUUAUACUAUGAUGAAAGAAUUAGCUGGAUCACAUGAUAAUGUUGGUGCAUCUAAACAAGAUUUCAAAAAUUUUUAUAGAGAUUUGAAGGCUUAUAUUGAUGGAUCAGAUGCCCAAAUGUUUGUGGAUAAUUUUCAAAAUAAGAAAGUGCUCUGGAGUGCAUUUUUUUUUCCUAUGAUGUUGAUGAAGAAGAUAGACUUUGUAGAGCUUUAUGGGCUGAUCCAAUCUGUCGAAAAAAUUAUGCACUUUUUGGUGAUAUGGUUUCUUUUGAUACCACAUUCAAAACAAACAGAUAUAAUAUGAUCUUUGGUCCAUUUACUGGAGUUGAUCAUCAUAAAAAAUGUGUUACUUUUGCGGCUUCUUUUGUAGCUCAUGAGGAUAUAUCAUCUUUUGAAUGGGUUUUCAAAACUUUUCUUAAAGCAAUGGGAAAUAACGAGCCUGUGUGUUUGAUUACCGAUCAAGACCCUGCAAUGAAAGUUGCUGUUCGUAAUGUUUUUCAAACUACAGAACAUAGGUUUUGUAUGUGGCAUAUUAUGAAAAAGGUGCCUGAAAAAGUAGGUCGGGCGAUUGCCCAAGACACUGAUUUCUUGAAAAAACUGUGUUCAUGUGUUUGGCAUUUAGAGAUUGAGCCGGCAGAAUUUGAAGAAAAGUGGAACAAAGUUAUUUCAGAAUUCCAUUUGAACGAUCAUGAAUGGUUGGCAUACAUGUACAACAUACGUGAUAUGUGGAUUCCAGCGUAUUUCAGAGAUUUAUUUUUGGGUGGCAUUAUGAGAACCACAUCUAGAUCAGAAAGUGAAAAUAAUUUUUUCACUAUGUUCACAAAUCCCCAUCUCACUUUGAUUGAGUUCUACAUGAGGUUUGAAUGUGCAUUGGAUGCUCAAAGGCACACUCAAAAUAAAAUGGAUAAUGAUUCGAAGAAUAAGCGUCCGGAGUGUAAGACUCCAAUUCCUUUAGAGAAAGAUGCUUCUGAAUUGUUUACAACAACAAUUUUCUAUGAAUUUCAAUAUGAGCUUGAAAUUGGAUGUUUUAAUUGUGGUGUUGAGGAGAUGAAGAAGGACAAUGAGCUUUACAUUUUCAAUUUGAGGGAAGGAACUAGAAGGAGGACUUUUGAUGUUGUUUUUGAUCCAACUACCUUUGAUACCAAGUGUUUUUGUAAAAAAUUUGAACGUGAUGGUGUGCCUUGUAGGCAUAUGAUUUGGGUGUGGAAGGCAAGGAUGUUAGAAAAAAUUCCCAAGGCCUACAUUCUAAAUAGAUGGUGUACAAUGGCUUAUAAGAAGCCCAUUUUUGAUUUAGAGGGUAAUGUGUUGGAGGAAUGUAUUAAUGCAGUAGAUAAGAAAAUGUUAUUAAAUGAUUUGUGGUCUGAAAUUCAUGCUUGUGUGAGUUUAGUGCAAAACAAUGAAGAUGAUCUUAGUGAUCUUGUCAAAAAACUUCGAGCCAUGAGGGUAGAUUUGGAACAGAAGAAAACAAAUGGAAGCAACAAUCUUUCGAGCAAAGUUAAAGACAUUGAAAUGCUUAUUGGAGCUAGUCUACCUUCUAAUGUUUUAAUCAAACCUCCUAAAAUUUCGAAGAACAAAGGCACGGGGGUUCAUGUUCCAAAUCAGGUCAAUGUUCCAAAUGAUGUCCAUGUUCCAAAUCAGGUUCAUGUUCCAAAUCACGUAAAUGUUCCAAAUGAUGUCCAUGUUCCAAAUGAUGUCCAUGUUCCAAAUGAGGUUCAUGUUCCAAAUAGUGACAAAAGAAUGAAGAGUGACAGAGAAAAGUCUAUUGAACAAAGUCAAAAGAAGAAGAGAUUAUGUAGAGCAUGUGGGGAGCUUGGUUAUCAUGAUAGUCGUAAUUGCCCUGGAAAAGUCAAGUGAUAUUGUUGGUGAAUAUACUAUUAAUCCAGUUGCAUGAGAUGUUAUAUAUUUAGAAACAAUAUCUCAUUUACUAGCACGUAAAAUAUUAUUCAUGUAAUUCUUAAAAUAUAAGAACUCAAUUUAUUUACUUUUAGAAACAAUAUAUUUUUAUUUCUUUUUUGUCCAAUUAUUAUUCAGAGUAUCUCUACUAGUGUUUUUCUUAUCAAUUUUUAUGUUAAUUAAAGUUGAUUAUAAUGUUUUAUAACAUCUCCUGUCUUUUCAUCUUCCCCCCUUUUCGUAAUUAUAAGUUGUUUUAUUAAGUCAAUUUGAACUACG